UCAUAAAAUUAUAUGCAUACCAAAGAAUUACUUUAAAAUAAAUUUCUUUAUUAUUUAUUAUCAGUAAAUGUUUGAUUUGUAUAUUUUAUAUGCCUAUAUACCCAGAGUCAUAAAAAAUUCUCAGACAAAAAAGGGUCACAAGUGGAAAAAGUUCAGGAAGCUAUGCUAUAGCAGACAUUUCCUGAUUUUCUCCUUUCCCUAUUAAAUUAGAGCCUCCUUUUCCCUCCACUCCUCCUGAAAUUACUUCAUAUUUCCUUUCUAUAUGUCUUACAUAUGCUUACUUCUAUAUAUGUUACUUCUACACCCACUGUAAGACACUUGAAGACAAGUACAUUUUCAUUUCUGUUUUUGUAUCCUUAUUGCUUAAAGUUUGACACAAAAUAGACACUUAAUAAAUGCUUAUUGAUUGAUUUUUUUUUUCAUAAUUCAGACAUCAGUGAAGACUGAGGAAGACGACCAAUUCCUUGUUUCAGAAGAUUGGCAAUGUUUUGACCCAACUGAGAAGAAUACAUGUGGAAAUGUGGAGCUGAAGAACCUUGACUUGUUAACUGGAGAAGUCAUGAUUAAAGAUGGAAUGUUGCUUCCAAAGCCAGAAAUUUCUAAAGAAGCAGAGCCACAGGAAGAGGUUUCUAGUGCACUCAAAAGAGAUUGCUCACCUCAGAUCCUCGUUGGUCCUCCUGUACAAGCUGAAAAAAACAUUGAAUUUUUGAAUACUCUUAAAGACCGUAAUCCUGGGGAUUUAUGGUCUAGAAUGCACAUCUCAUCAAUGGAAUAUGCUGCAGGUGACAUCACACGGAAAGAUAGGAAAAAAGACAAGGCAAGAGUAAGUGAAUUGCUACAAGGUCUUACAUUCUCUGGUGAUUCUGAUGUUGAUGAAGAAGAUGAAGUGAAGUCACAUCCUGCUAGAAAGAAACAGAAAGUAACUACUAUUACAGAGAAGAAAUGGAUCAAAAGAGAUAUUCAGCCCAAUUUUCCAAGCUGGUCAGCAUUGGAUUCUGAAAUUUUGAAUCUCAAAAAUGAAAAACUAAAUCCAGUUGAUUUCUUUGAAUUAUUUUUUGAUGAUGAAACAUUCAAGUUAAUUGUUGAUGAAACAAAUCAUUAUGCUUCUCAAAAAAAUGUCACAUUGGAAGUUACAGUUCAGGAAAUGAAAUGUGUUUUUGGUGUUCUUCUUUUGAGUGGAUAUAUUUGUCAUCCUAAGAGAGGAAUGUAUUGGGAAAGUUCGGAUAAGGAGCAGAGUCUUGUUAGCAAUGCAAUUAGAAGAGAAAGGUUUGAAUUAAUAUUUUCAUGCCUCCAUUUUGCAGAUAACAGUUGUCUAAAUCAGUCAGACAAGUUUACAAAAUUGAGACCUCUUAUAGAUCAGAUGAAUAAAAAUUUCCUCUUACAUGCUCCCUUAGAGGAAUAUUACUGUUUUGAUAAAUCUAUGUGUGAAUGUUUUGAUAGUGACCAAUUCUUAAAUGGUAAACCUAUUAGAAUUGGUUAUAAAAUAUGGUGUGGGGCAACUUCCCAGGGUUAUUUAGUUUGGUUUGAACCCUAUCAAGGUGAACCAGUUUUGAAAGAAGAUAAAGAUUAUGAUCUUGGGUUAGGUGGGAAAUUAGUAAUGAACUUUGCUGAUGUUCUCUUGGAGCGAGGACAGCAUCCUUAUCAUAUAUGUUUUGACAACUUUUUCACAAGUAUCAAACUAAUGUCAGCUCUGAAGAAGAAAGGGGUAAAGGCAACAGGAGCAAUCCGUGAUAAUAGGACUGAAAAAUGUCCUUUCAUGAAUGCAGAAAAUAUGAAAAAAAUGAAAAGGGGAUCGUUUGAUUUCAGAGUAGAAGAAAAGGAAGAGAUAAUUUUAUGUCGUUGGAAUGAUGAAAAUUCUAUCAAUCUAUGUUCCAAUGCUGUAGGCAUAGAACCAAUGAGCCAAGUAAGUUAUUCUAUUGAUGAAAAAAGAAAAGUUCAAGUAAAUCAGCCAUCAAUAGUUAAGCUGUAUGAAGUAUGUAGGUAUGGUGUUGCCAAGAUGGAUCAAAAUAUUUCCAAGUACAGGAUAAGAAUCAGAAGCAAAAAAUGGUAUUCAAUUUUGGUAAGCUAUAUUAUUGACGUGGCCAUUAACAAUGCUUGGCAUCUGUAUAGAAUCUGUAGCCCUGAUACUCCAUCAAGUCUUUUGGAUUUCCGAAGACGCAUUGCACGUUUUUAUUUGGAGAACAAUGCUAAUCUAGCAGACUAAGCAAGAUAAAGUCAUCAAUCACAUAUAGGAAUAAAAAUUAAUUAUACCAUGACUUCCCACUGAGAACAUUAGCAUUUCAAUAGUUUAUUGGAGUCACAAACUCACUAAUUUUAGUACUCCCUCCAUCAUUACACCAACAUCUUUUUAACAUCUGUGAUUCAUAUUCUCAUAUUAAUCCCCCCAUAGAGCACUUAACCCAAUGUAGUAGAGCUGCCUUCUAAUUCAUUUAACCCUCCAAAGAAACCAGUGUGUCACUCAAACUAUCCAUUAUCUCUCAGUAUGUAUUGGGACCAAACAAUUUUCUAAUCAUAUUGUACAUCUUGAAUAAUAUCCUUUAUAUCACUUCUUGCAAACAAAUUAUCAUUGGUAGGAUGCUGUACCCUACUAAUGUCUGCUGUGUAUCUCUUCAUUGUCCUUUGGAUUAUCUGAAAUUUUGCUUUUUUUGGAUGUUGUGGGUUUUUGUGAUUUAAUAGCUAGUCAUCAUCCACAAGAGAAUAUUGAUGUUAAAAAAGAUGGAUUUUUCUAUUAGAGUAGAAUAACUUGAGAUCAUUGAAAGCACUGCCUAUCUUAAAAUAUAUAUAAUGAUAUACUAAGUCAAUGAGUUAUCCAGCCAAACUACAUGCCAUGGUCUGAAUAAUGAGCAUUUCUCACAAUUUUUGUUAUUCCUAUGUUCUUAGAUUUAAGAAUUCACAUAGGAUUUUUUCUUUCUUUUUAAAAAUAAUUCUGUACUUGACUAAGGAGGCCUCAUACAAUCAACACACUGUUAUGCACAGAGUAAUCUAGAACUCUACAUUUCUAGAAAAUCCUCUGAACGAGGAUUUAUAGCAAUGGCAAACACCUUUGUUAAAUAUACAUCUAUUUUAGGCCUCAAUUGAUGUUGAUCAUCAUAGGAUAAUUGAACAAAAUUAUCUUUGUGCAUUUAUUAGAGAAUCUUAUAUAAUUUUAACAUGCAUGGAGGAGAGAUCUUUGAAGUCUAUAUUUUGCUCAGUAACAGGCAUUAAUAUCUUUUGAAAAGUUAGUUUUGAAGUCUGUAUAUUGUUCAGUAAGAUGCACUUUUGUAAUCAACAAAUAAUAAUUAUGAUGGAAUCAUAUAUUUCUUUUUUUUGUUUACCUUUCAGUCAAUUGUGUGAUUCCAGGUAUAUUGUCUGGUGGAAAAAAAAAUUCUGUAAGACUGCCUGUUGCUUUAUCAUAUUUUCAUUGAGGAUAUGCUACAUAUAGCGUGUGUGUGUGUGUGUGUGUGUGUGUGUGUUCGUGUUCACACAUGUGUGUAUAAAACAAACAUAAGAAAGUAGAUAUGUAGUUAGAAAUUGUUGGUAUGGUCUUGAUCAUCUUUUUAAAUAUAGUAGUAAUCCAUUAUUAUUCCCAGUCAUAUGCUAUAAUUCCCUUAUCUAAAAAAUUCAAUCUUUUAGGCAAAAUAUAAUGACUUAGAAUCAAGAAUAAACUGUCAAAACUGUGUAUGAUCCUAUAGUAAAUAAAAAGGCUAGAAUUGAACAAAAUCUUUGAAAUUCAAAUGUAAGAGUUGAGUAAUAGAGAAUGGUAAACAUACUUGAUCAAAAAAACAUCAUGUGAUGAUGAAUUAUUUACAUUUUAGUGUAGGAGAAAGGGAUUGUCCUCUUCGAAUGCUGAUGACCUCAAUAAUCUCAGAGAAAGUUAAAUAAAUCAAGUAGAAGGCCUGUGGGAUUAAGUUUUCCUUAUAUUAGAAGAAAGAAAUAGGACAAAUAAGGAGGAAUCAUUAGGAGGUAGGAGAGGAUAUUUACUGUCUCUCGCAAUAAAAGCGCAUGAAAUAAAAAUAUAUGAAAAUGGAGAAAGGGAUGGGUGAAAUGGGCACUCCGUGAACCUUGAUUUCAUCUGAAGUAGAAAAAAUAAGUUUGAACACACAUAUUUAUUUUCACAUGUACCAUGGACUUUGAAUAGAAAUAUAUUACUGUCAACAGGGAAAUGGGAGGAAGAGUUAAGAAAGAGGGAAAUAUAGGGAGGAGAAACUGAGCAAAAUAGAAUCUAAGCAUCCAAGGAUCUUGAAGAGGAAAUUGUAAAAAUCUAUAAUUGAGGGUGUGAAAAAGGAAAGAGAAGAGAGGAAACGAUGGAAACAUUCCUUCAUAAUUAUAGAUCACCAGCAAACUUCUUUAGCCAUCUUUUUUAAAAGAUAUUUUCUUGGAGAAAAAAAGAAAGAAAAGUAUAAGAACAAAAGAUGCAGAAAAAUGUACAAUUAACAGUAAUAAAAUUUAACAUGAAUGGAGUGAACUCAUCCAAAAAGCUCCAGAAGAUAGAAUAGAUUAGCUGCUUAAAAGAAACAUUCUUGAAACAAAAAUUUACAGUUAAAACCAAUAAUUACAGCAAAAACCAUUAUGAUUCAGGUGAACUUAAAAAAAAAAGUAACAAUAAUGAUUUCAGACAAGGCAACAAUGAAUACAUACAUGCAGAGAAACAUGCAUAUACUUAAAGGUUUAAUUUUAAGGUAAUUAGGGGAUCAAAUUGGGAUCAUAGAGUGAGAGGAAGCAUUUUAUUCUAGCUUGCCAUUAUCCUUUUCCACAAAGACCAACAAAGUCUGGAAAGGCAUGAAGAGUUACAGUGGAACAGUUUUCCAGCCCAGAAAGCUUAGGGAGGCAGACAAAAUUCUGUAAACACUAGGAAUAGUUUCUGGUCAGGAGUGCAAAUUAGAGAUGUGGCUGAGGGAAGCAUUUCAGCACUAAGGUAUGUAAAGUGGCUAAUGAGAAAGGAACAAAUUCUGGAAGCAAACAACAGUUGGGUGGCUCAAAUACUUUUUUUUUUUUAAUAACUUUUUAUUGACAGAACCAUGCCAGGGUAAUUUUUUACAUUAUACCUUGCACUCACUUCUGUUCCGAUUUUUCCCCUCCCUCCUUCCACCCUCUCCCCCAGAUGGCAAGCAGUCCUAUACAUGUUAAAUAUGCCACAGUAUAUCCUAGAUACAGAAAGUAGAAAUAACCCGGGAAGGAAAACAAAAAUGCAAAUGGUUUAGAUUCAUUUCUCAGUAUUCUUUCUUUGGAUGUAGCUGGUUCUGUCCAUCAUUUAUCAAUUGAAACUGAGUUAGAUCUCUUUGUCGAAGAAAUGGGUGGCUCAAAUUCAAAGUCAGUAAACAGACCUCUCACAAGAUCAUUGAAAGCUUGCUCUGACCCUUAGACUGGCCUGAAAGCAAGUGAAGGUCAUAAAAGGUAAUAAAUUCAGGCCAGACACCACUUCCAGAAGUAGACAUAGUCUAGUGUCAACAUAAAGUCCAAAGUCAACAAGUGAAACAAUACUAGAAAACUUAAAAGCAAUUUUUAAUUUAAAUGCAGUUUGGACAAUUUUGGUAAUGGGAAAAGAUUAGAAGCCUUUCUAGUAAAAUUUGUGAUAAAGCAAGCAUAUCCAUUAUUGCUACUUUUACUUAACAUAGUCCAAGAAAUACUACUUUUAACAAUAAGACAAAGAGAAAUGGAGGCAAUAAACUUAAAGAGGAAACAAAAUUUAUUUUGGUUUAUUUUUGUAGAUAUUAAGAUCCAAAAAAAUCAACUAAAAACUUACUAGAAACAAUUUCAGCAAAAUUGCAGGACAUAAAUACACACAAAUUAUUAGCAUUUUUGCAUAUAACCAACAAAAUAAAGUAGAAAAAUGUAGAAAGAAAUCUCAUUGUAAAUACCAUAGAAUGUAUAAAAUAUUUGGAAUUUCUUCUAUCAAAGCCCACAAGAAACAUUAACAUAACUAUAAAAUACUCUUUACAAAAACAGUGAUUCUAUUAUUUACCUGGAGAAAUAUUAAUUACUCAGUUCUAGUUCAUACUUACAUAAUAAAAAUAGUAUAUUAAUUUACUUAUUGAUUAUGAUACUAUUUAACUAUUAAGCAUUAAUUUGUACUCCUAAAAAAGAAAAAAAUUGAAUUGAAGAAAAAAAAUUGAUUUUCUUGAGAAAAUCAAAUUGAUUGUUUUCUGUAAUUGAUUUCAUUUUGUACAAAUUUUAUGUAACUAUCUAAGUCAUGUUUUGAUUUAUCUUUGAGUUAAGUUAAGAAGAUCAGUUUUCCUAUUAAUCACUGUUCAUUCUUGUGUCAGCAAAAUGUUAUGCCUUGAAAAAUGCAGGUAGAUAUUUGGUAUUGGAUAAGAAGUAGAGUAGUGAAUCAAUGGUAUAAGUGAGAUUCAAAAAACACAGUUGUCAAUGACUUUCGUAAUCUAAUGUUUGAUAAACCCAAAGCUUCCAACUUCUUGCAUAAGAACUCACUAUUUAAUGAAAAUUGCUGGGAAAAUUGGAAAAUAGCAUGGCAGAAACUUGGCAUUGACAAAAAUCUAAUACCCUAUACCAGGUGGUUCAAAAUAGACAUACAAAGUGAUAUUAUAAGAAAAUAAGGAGAACAAGGGAUGGUCUACCUUUCAGAUCUGUGGAGAAAAGAGGAAUUUAUGACCAAAGAAGAAUUAGAGAACAUGAAAUGCAAAAUGGAUACUUUUAAUUACAUUAAAAUGUUUUUGUUCAAACAAGACCAAUGUAGGCAAGAUUAGAAGGGAAACAGCUGGGUAAAUUUUUUUUUACACCCACUGUGUCUGAUAAAGACCUCAUUUUCAAACUAUAUAGAGAAUUGACUCAAAUUUAUAAGAAUAUAAGCCAUUCUCCAAAUGAUAAGUCAAAGGAUAUGAAGACAAUUUCAGAUCAAGAAAUUAAAGCCAUUUCUAGUCAUGUGAAAAAAUGCUCUAAAUCACUAUUGAUUAGAGAAAGGCAAAUUAAAACAACCCAGGGGUACCACUUUAUACCUCUCAAAUUGGCUAAGAUGACGGAAAAGAUAAUGAUAAAUGUUGGAGGGGAUGUGGGAAAACUGGGACACUAAUGCAUUUUUGGUGGAUUUGUAAACUGAUCCAAUCAUUCUAGAGAACAAUUUGGAAUUAUGUCCAAAGGGCUAUUAAACUAUGCAUACCUUUUGAUCCAGCAGUGUCUCUAUAGGGCCUACAUCCCAAAGAUAUAAAAGAGAAAAAAGAAUCCACAUGUGCAAAAAUAUUUGUAGCAGUUCAUUUUGUAGUAACAAGGAACUGGAAAUUGAGUGGAUGCCCAUGAGUUGGGGAAUGGCUGAUUAAAUUAUGCUACAUAAAUGUAAUGGAAUAUUACUGUUUUAUUAAAAAAAAAUAGUAAUGAGCAGGCUGAUUUGAGAAAAGCUGAUUUGAGAAAAUCUUACAUAAGCUGAUGCUAACUGAAGUGAGUAGAAUCAAGAGAAGGAAUAUUAUAUACAGCAACAAGUUUAUGUGAUGAUCAACUAUGAUGGACAUGGCUUUUAUCAACAAUGAGGUGAUUCAAGGCAAUUCCAAUAGACUUGUGAUGCAAUCUGUAUCCAGAAAAAGAACUGGAGAUUAACUGUGGAUCAAAGCAUAAUAUUUUUGCUUUUUUUCUUGUUAUUGUUUGCUUGCUUGCUUUUUUCCUUUCUCAUUUUUUUUUGUUUGAUUUUUCUUGUGCAAGCAUGACAAAUACAGAAAUAUGUUUUGAAGAAUUGCACAUGUUUAACAUAUUGGAUUGCUUGCUAUCUAAGAGAGAUAGGAGCUAAGGAAGAAGGGAGAAAAAUUUGGAACACAGGGUUUCACAAAAGUGAAUGUUGAAAACUAUCUUUGCAUAGGUUUGGAAAAAUAAAAAAGCUAUAUACAUUUAUUUUUAAAAAAGAAAAAUGCAGAUAGAUGUCAGGGAGUCUGGUCUGUUAUCUCCACAAUUCUGUCCUUCAAUAAAGUCUGAUUUGUUAUCACUGUGACACUAACUAAGCAUGUUAAGUGGCAAUAUGAAGUGAGGGGUUGUUGCUAGCCCUACAUUUAAAAUUUCCAACCAAUUAUAUUGUCCUCUAUAUUUAUGAUACUUUAUGAUUUUGUAACCAAUUAUAUUGUUUACCUUCUCUGUAAUGCUGCCUUCUAGUUUUUGAGUGCCCUUUUUUUCCACAAAAAUUAUCUGUCAGCCCUCAUUCAGAGUCUUAGCCAGCUGAGGAAGCCGAUACUGUAUUUACUAGCAAAUUGGCCCUUUGUUAAUAAAUCGAUCAUGCUUAGAA